AUGGACUUAGUACAGCAUAACUGGCAAGACCUAGCCCACUGCGGACACUGCACCGUCUGCUACGCGUCGCGUACGCGUAUCAAUCAAGAAGCACACGACCGAGCCCACCGUAUUGGAAGGAUUCGGGCCACCGUCGUGGGAAACUCAGACUCUCCCGCACCUUUCUACCAGUCUCGAACCAUUCGGGUCCCACAUUCAAACCGAACCGUAACUAUUGAAGUCCCCCACCUUCAACGGGCUGUCAAUACUACAGACGACACAGGACUGCCUGUGGGAAGGACACCCCUCAGCCGCAAGCGACGGCUUACACCAGAUAUUUCACAGCCCAUGACCCCGAGGCUGUUCUCCCAGGCGUCUCAGUCGACGGGAUUGGCACCAUUAGGAGUUGGGUUAUUAUCCGCGUCAAUACUGGUACUUCCGAGAUCAACUUGGUUAGACGCCAGUUAUCAAACUCGACGAGCACAAGCUCAUGAUUUCCAUCCCCAAUUCGAUCGAUCCUCACCCCCUCAUCUCUUCCGACCAGACCCCGAGCUGCGACAGCAAUUGGAAGAGACGCGGCCAGAACUUUUCCAUCGCCCGCGCUUUUCUCCAGAAGGUGCCCCCUCCCCAGAACCCAUCCCCCCCGCCUUCGCCUUCACCUUCCCGGCUCCGGCUCCGGCUCCGGCUCCUGAACCUGAACUUGAAUUGAAUAUACCUGGAACUUGGCCACGUGAAGAAAUCAUGGUCGAGGCGCCGGAAAACGAUAUCAUGGCAUUCCCUACGUUCCCUACAUUCCCUACACGGUUUGGUGCGAAUCUCUACAAUGCCGUUACAUACGUCCGUGAUUCGUCAUACAAUAUUUGCGCCACUCUAUGCAAUCGAAUUUUCCAUUUUCAAGGAAGCGGUGCGGCCCCAAAUCCUACACCAAGUCCUAUACCAACCCCUGCUCUGCCUACUACACCUACUACCCUUACUGCGCCUCGACCUAUUACUACCGCACCAACCGAAGAGGAGCGUUCGCCAAAGCGCCGUCGACUCGAUGCCCAACAAAGCCAUCUUGUGCUAACAAAUAAAUCUGGCACCUAUGCUCUUCCCUCGCCGGAUACCUCCGAUGAUGAGUCCGGCUUGGAUGAUUCUAUUGGCGACCCUAUGGACAUCGACAGCCCCGUCCGUGCUAAGACAUCGGAUGUGAACGCUGUAAUGUCCCCUUCUUCUCCGAUGGACAUAGAUUCUCCGGAGCCACAAGCAUCACCGUCCCAGUCCCCCACUCUUUCACCCAACUCUGCGGUCGCCACAUUUGCCGCACAACGACGAUUUUCUUUUUUCCCUAAUGGAAAUCCUUAUACAAGGAAAUCGAGGCGAGCUCGGUUUCAGCAAACUUUAGCGGAAGUUGUAACAGAACCAAGCCAGCCGGUUGAAGACCAAUCGACAGAAUCCCAACCAGCGGAGCUCCAAGCAACGGAACCACAAGCGAUUGAGAUUGAAGCACCCGAAGCUCAAGCUUCCGAGGUCCUGGCUUCCGAGGUCCAGGCCUCUGAGGUCCAGGAACCUGAAGUCCAGGUAGCGGAAGCCUCUCCGGAGAAAGUAUGGAAACCUCUCCCUCCCCCAAAAUUUGCCAAUAUCCAAGAAUUCUUUGACCACGAAGAUGAAUUUUCCUUGCCUGGCCUGGAGCGUUUGGUUCUCAGGCCCAAUGUGACUAAGAUUUACGAAUUGGAUUUGCAACGUCGAGAACGCCUACGCAUGGAGCAAGAGAAGGCGGAAAAGGAACGUCAAGAGCGCAUUCGUAUCGAAGAAGAGCGCCUACGCAUUGAGAAGGAGAAGGCGGAGGAGGAACGCCUAGAGCGAUUUCGUCUUCAGGAAGAACGCUACAAUGAAGCCCUUCGCCCGCUUGGUUUACGAAGACCUAGGUCUAGCCUUAUCGUCCCUCUUGAUGACGAGUGGGACCAAAAGGUCAGGGAGGCUAUGGAAACCGGCUUUUGUCCACAGAACAAGUGGCAGGGAGCUGUUCACCGAGAUGGCGUAGAGAUAACGGCACGCGAUUUUGGUAGACUUAUUCCCCGCGGGGCAUGGUUGAAUGACAACGCGAUACAAUCGACUUUGGUGCACCUCGCCACUUAUAUCAACGACGCAGCCGGGGUGUCUCCCAAGAAGGAUACGCCUAAAUGUGUGGCAUUGUCCUCUCAGUACUGGUCUAACUACACUCGCGACCCAAGAAACAAUGUCUACGCCCGAGGUCUCAAACGAAACUGGGGCAUGACGCCAGAGAACUUCCUUGACAUUGAUACAGUUCUUAUCCCGGUCAAUAACAAUAGCCAUUGGACCAUCCUCGUUGUUCGUCCUUCACGCCGAACAUUCGCUUACGUCGAUUCAUUCCAAUCGGAUGGAGGACGACACAUCCAAACCCUUGCAAUGUGGAAAAGGGAAUUUUUGAAGGAUAAGUACAUCCCUAGCGAAUGGCGCCAGGAAAAAUACACUGUGCCCACACAGACGAAUGGUUGGGACUGUGGCAUGUUUGUUAUUACAAACUCCAUCUACCUAGCGCUUGGACUUGAUCCAAGCUGUUACUCGGAGAAUCAAUUGCCUCUACAGAGACGCAGAAUCGCUGCGAUGCUCUUGAACGGCGGGUUUACUGGGCCGUUUGACUUGUCGGCUCUUUGA